AUGAAACUGACAGAUGAUCAAAUUGAGUACUUAUUAUCUGUAUUAAAUCAAGAUGGUAUUGAAAACAAACCAACACAAAGAACAAAACGUGUAUUUAAAGCAGAAUUAGAAGUAUGGAAGGCAGCAUUUGAAUUUGAAAGAGAUAAGCAGAAGAGAAAAAUAGAUGUUGCAUUAACUAGCAAAACCAGCAUAUCUUCUGAUUGGAAACCAGUUUCAAAAAUGAAUAACAUUGAAAUACGUCGGAAACCAACAAUGCCCUAUUAUCCAAUCUCUGCUAUAUCCACUAUUCCAAGUAGCAUGGAUGCAAGAAAUACAGUAUAUAUGCAAAACUUAAUACAGUACAUUUCAAACAUAUAUAAUGUAGAAUGUCACAUAUCAUUAGAAGAUCAACAAAAGGAAAAUGUUGGAAUACAAAUCCAAUUAUCAGGUUUGAGAAAAAAUGUUGAAAAUGUUCAUAGUGAUCUGCAAUUAUUAUUUGAAACUGUUAAUACAAAAAUUUUCAACAACGAAAAAACGGAUGAAAAAGUUAUUUAUUGGUCAAAAAAUCUUUACUCUGAUUCGGAUAUUACUGUGAUACAGAAAAUUUUUGAUAAACAAAAGUUAUUCACUAUAUGGGAAAAAACGGAUAUAUUAUCAGGAUAUUAUGUUGUUCAUUAUUUUACUAAAACUGAUGUCUUUAGUGUGUCAGAAGAUUAUAUAAAUCAAAAAAUUAAUAAUGAAAUAUCAUAUGUACGAGAUAUAGUUAUAUCGAAUUUCGUAAAUAUACAAGAAAAUUUUCGAAAAAAACUAGAACAGUUUAUCACUAAAAAAAAACAAGAACAACAGCAACUGGAAACAUAUGCAGUCAUUUAUUGUAUAUAUCCAGGACAAACAGAACUGAAAAUUAGUUUCUUUGGACAAAACGUUUUAGUAAAACGUGCAAAUAGACAACUAAAAUAUCUGAUAGAUCAAAAUCGAUUAAUCACAUGGACAACUGAAUUUACUCUUACACAACGCAAUUAUCUAUUAGAUAAUUGUCUCCAUCAAUUGGAAACUAUUGAAUAUGAAUAUAAAGAUGAUAAUGUCAAAAUAAAAAUAAGAGAAAAUCAAUUAUAUGCACCUCAUUAUUUGAAAAUAAAAAUUCAACAAAGAAUUAAUAAUUUAAUUGACCAACAAUAUCCUCUUAUUUUUCAAUAUAUUGGAAAUGAUUCUAUAUUAACAAAUGAUGAAAAGUUGCAAUUAGAAGAAAUAGCUGGACAAUUCAAAUGUCAAAUUGAUAAAAUAGAUCUACAAACUAAGAAAGAAAUUGUCACAUUACCAAAAGUAAUAAACACAUCCACGUUAAAAUCAUCACCAAAAUUUAUUAUUAAAAAAUCAAAAGAAUUCUAUUCUUCAUUAUCACUAUUGAAAACAACAUCAAUAGCAAAUAGUACAAUAGAACUCCAUUUAGCCAAUGAUGUGACUGCACCACAGGCAGAUAUUACUAUUAUUUCAAUGAUUACAAGUGAUAUCGAAGACGAUAGUAAACUGAAUGGCAAUAAUUUACAAAAUAAAACAGAUACUGAUAAAAGCGUAAAGCUUUUUUACAGUUUACCGCAUUGGUCUAAAGUAAACAAUGAUCAAAAUGACACAGAUUUUAAAAAUUCGAUAAAAACUUUCAUUUCAAACUCAUUAAAAGAUAUUUCGGUUCUUAGUCUUAAUAAAGAAAAUAUAAUUACAUUUUCUACAGAUGAAUGGGAUAAUUAUUCAAGCAGAAAACAACUGGCGGAAGAAAUCAUUAAUGAGAUAAAAGUUCAACUUGAAACAAGUAAAUUGUUUAAUGUCAAUUGGAGAAUUUUAUUUAUUUUUAAUGACAACCAAACUGAUUUAUAUAAUCGAUUUUUACAAACAAUAUUGUCAAUAACGAUGAACACAAAUAAUUAUGAACAAUUUUUUUAUCCUGUAUCAAGUAUGUAA